CUAGUCUAAGCUGAUCAAGGCACAUAUACGGAAGCUGAAACCAAGAGAGGGGGAUUGAGUUUCCCAAGGUCACAGUGAGUUUUUGACUGAACCAGGGCUACCAGUCAGGUUCUCUCAUCCCUUUACUCACUCACCUUCUUGAGUCCUUGACUAGUCCAGAGGUUCCAUGGCUCUGUGACUCUAUGAUUCUAUAAUUCUAAGAUGCAGCACAACAAUGCCAGUGCUCCACGCAGCCUUGGUGCAGGAGAAGAACAUGGUCUAGACUGAAGUACCAACUAAACCAUCUUUUCACUUCAAAGCACCAACUACGCCAUCAUGGAUUCAAACACUGAGCGCCAUCCUGUGUUUCUAAUAUUUCCUCCAGAGGUUACUGUUCCCAAAUUUCAGUCCAUGGACUACGGAGCUACCACCUAUGAGUCUAGCAUUCCCUUUCCAAAAUUCCUUGCUACAAACGUGAAAAUCUUUGGGACUAUCCAGAUCUUGUUUGGACUGAUGAACUUUUCCUUUGGAGUUAUUUUUCUUUUCACCUUUGAAAACCCAUACCCAAGGUACCCCUUUAUAUUUGUUACAGGGUAUCCAUUCUGGAGCUCCAUCUUGUUCAUUAAUUCUGGAGCCUUCCUAGUCGCAUUGGAAAGAAAAACCACAGAAACUCUGGUGAAGAUGAGCCGAUCAAUGAAUCUUUUUAGUGCCCUGGCAGCAAUGGCUGGAAUCAUUCUCCUUGCCUUUGGUUUCAUUGUAGAUCAAAACUACCUUUGUGGCUUUUCUGGAGAAGUUAGUGAGUGCAAGGCUAUUACUGCCCUGUUCAUUGUAAGUAUGCCGCCUUUUUCGGGUUUAGUCAUAAAGGCUUAUGGGGCACCCAAUCAGCAUCAUCCAAAUAAUGUUGCAGACACAUGUAUUUUUUUUAUUCACAAACAUUUCCAGAGAUCAAAGUACCUGAUAGACAUUAUACCAGACACUGUAGAAUAAAAAAAUAAACAUAUUAUAACCUCCAACUUUAGGGAUUCAUAGAUAAGUAGAAGAGAGAACACAUGUACAUCAAAGAGUAUAAUAUAAAAAAAGUGAUAUACUAAAAGAAAAAUACAGGUAUAGCAGUAUGAUAGUAGCUCACAGUCCUAGAUGUACAUUGGAAUCACGAGUGGAGUAUUUUUAUAGUUUUGGUUUUAAUAGUUGCACUGGACUUCUGAUAAAACAGGAUAGAUGGAAAACAGGCAUUUAUUUCUGCUCUUUCUAAAAUCCCACUAAAAUUAGUGUAAAGGGAUGUAAAAGACAUGAAUCCACAUGAAGAGAAAAAAAAUAGCCAGCAAGACCCAUUAAAAAUUGCUGAGAAAGAUGAAAACAAAUUGCCUAACUUUCUGAAAAGGGGGUCCUAAUAGAAGUAAAAUAUUUCACAUGGCAGCUUCUAAGCAACACUUAGAAUACUGACGUACCAGGACAAUUGGAAAUGGGAGAAGAGAAGAAAAUAGAGAGACUGGUUCUGGUAAUACUGAAAUGGGUUAUGUGGAUCAACCCUCUUCUGAAAACAAAGGAAAAUGCUACAUUGAAAAAAAAAAGAGUUUAAACACCUUAAAAGCACUGAAGAGCUGAAAAGUGAUCUGGAACUCCUAGAUCAAAUUUUAGAUGAAAGUCUAACUUGAAAUCUGUCAAUGGAAUGUCAGAGAGUAACAAAGCUGUUUGUACCUCACAUGCCAAGUACCUCACUUGGGCCACUUGCCAAGGUUGCCCAGUUGGAAUCUGACUCCCAGCCUAAGCACAGUGAAGGAAAAAGAAACCAAGAUAGGAAGACUUAGAAGAGACAUUCCUUGAUAGAGUACUAACACUCUUCAGGUAAAGGCGAAAAGACUUACAAAGUACUCUGCCCUAUAAUAGCAGAGAAAACUUACUGAGUAGAGUGAAAAAGAAGAAAGUCCUUGAGAAGCUGUGGGCACAGACCAGAGCCUCUGACGACAUCCUCCCAUCCCCCACCCCCCACUGGGAUUUUAACCUUUGGUAGACAUAAACAGGGUGAGUCAAGAAUGCACAAGCCUGAAUUUGGACUUGGUAUUUGGUGCAUCUAGCAUCUGACAAAAACCAAACCAAAGGUUAUCUGGGAGGAAGAACAUCCAAUAGUCUCACAAAACUCCUACAAAAUUUGGUAUCAUAUUUGAUACUACACACUAGAUAGAUCAGAAUGAAUCAUAUUUCAUGGAGAAAAAUAUGGAGAUGAGAGGGUAGGGAUACGAGACACAGAGUAAAAAGGUCUAACAUAAACUUCAUUAGAAUUAUAGACAGAGAGAAGAGAAUGACACAGAUAAAAAAAUGACAGAUUUUUAAACCAAUGAAAAGCAUUAGCCCACAUAUGCAAGAGGUCCAGUGAAUCCCAAAUACCUAGAAACUUUACAGUGAAAAUAUAGAAAACAAAAGACAAAAAAAAAUUUAAGCAACCAGUGAAAAAUGACAUUGUCUUUUUAAAAAAAACGGUAAUUAAAAUAAUGGUUAUAUUCGGAGAGAUAAUAAUUGGAAGGAAGUAUGACAGGGUCCCCCAGGGUGUGGGUCUAUCCUUCCAUUCAAAAUAAACUAUCUAAGCUCAGACUAUUUUGACAUUUUCGAAUUCACACCCAUGUAAUUCUUCACAGAUGUAUGUGUUUCAAAAACAAGAUUGUUGUUUUAGUUUAUAAAAUCAGACCAGUCCUUACCUGGAUGACACUUUGAGUAAAUUUAUUCUUUGAGACUAUAAAUGUCUUUCUCUAUAUUCAUCUUUUUGAGACACUGAUGAAACUUAGACCUCAGAACAUUUGAUAAAUUUGAUCUGUAUGGUCAAUAGUUUUUCCUGGAAUCAUUUGCAAGAAGGCUUCUACAAAAAAAGACAGAUACAAUGUCAAAGUGUUCAACAUGUUUUUUAAACUUUUAAAAAUUUAAGAAUAAGUGUACAGCUUGAUGGAUUUUCAUCAACUAAAUACAUCUGUUCAUCAAGUUACUGUUUUCCCCCACUUUCUGUAUUGUAGUCUUUUGAAUGAAGUCACUAUGCGUAACAAACAGUAGGGAGUUAGGCUCCAGCUCCCUAAAGACAGAGUAUCUACCUACAUUAUUUGAAACUCUUCUAAACUGGGAAUUCACCCAUUCUUCCUCCACUUACUUAUAU